GGGUGGGGUCGCCUGAAUACGGGUGGGGAAACAAAAGAACACCUCUCGCCAGGGCUUCGACCAUUUUCAGCGUUCAGUGGUUACAAGGCAGUCUGAAUUUCUUCUUGCUUUUGCAAAGUUUGCAAGGAAAUUGGAGAAAAGCGAUGUGGAAAGCAGCAGCUGGUCGUUCCGUCUCCGUUACCGUUGACGACGGUCCCGAUGACUGGGAGACGGAUCCUGACUUUGAGAAUGAUGUGACUGAGAAAGAGCAGCGAUGGGGAGCGAAAACAGUGGAGGGGUCCGGACAUCAGGAGCACAUCAACAUCCACAAGCUGCGUGAGACGGUGUCGUCUGAGCACAGUGAUCUGAAACAGCGUGAGCUGGAGAACAUGCCCAAAGCCUCGCAUGGCUACGGAGGGAAGUUUGGUGUUCAGGAGGACCGAAUGGACAAGUCAGCUGUGGGUCACGAGUAUCAGAGUAAACUGUCGAAGCACUGCUCCCAGACAGACACGUCUAAAGGCUUUGGGGGUAAAUUUGGAGUUCAGAGUGACCGCGUGGAUCAGUCUGCUGUAGGGUUCGAGUAUGCUGGGAAAACAGAGAAACAUGCCUCUCAGAAAGAUUACACCACUGGUUUUGGGGGUCGGUAUGGUGUUCAGACUGAUCGUGUGGACCAGAGUGCUGUAGGCUUUGAUUAUCAGGGAAGAACGGAGAAACACGAAUCCCAGAAAGAUUAUUCUAAAGGAUUUGGUGGGAAAUACGGAGUGGAAACUGAUAAAGUGGACAAAAGUGCUGUGGGCUUUGAGUAUCAGGGCAAAACGGAGAAACACGAGUCACAGAAAGACUAUGUGAAGGGCUUUGGAGGAAAGUUUGGCGUGCAGACGGAUCGUGUGGAUAAAUCCGCUCUUGGCUGGGACCAUCAGGAGAAACUGCAGCUUCACGAGUCUCAGAAAGAUUAUAAGCGUGGGUUUGGAGGGAAAUACGGGGUGGAGGUUGAGAAGCAGGAUCAGUCCGCACUUGGCUUUGACCACAAAGAGAGUCUGGCUAAGCACGAGUCUCAAAAAGAUUACUCCAAAGGGUUUGGAGGGAAAUAUGGAGUGCAGAAGGACCGAAUGGACAAGAGUGCAGGAACGUUUGAGGAUGUUGAGAAACCCACUGCUGCUUACCAGAAGACCAAACCAGUUGAAGCAGCAGGCAGAGGAACAGGAAGCAUUAAGGCUCGUUUUGAGAAUCUGGCCAAGCAGAACGAGGAAGAGGACAAGAAACGGGCGCAGGAGGAGAGAGCCAGACGACAAGCCAAGGAGAAGCAGGAGCAAGAGGAAGCUCGCAGAAAGGCAGAGGAGAGCACCAAAGCUAAAGAGCCUUCCCCUGAGCCCAGCCCCACCACCACCACUCAGACCUACCAGUAUGAGAUUCCUGAUACACACGAGAAGACGGAGGAGACCAAGGAGCACGUGUAUGAGGUAGAGCCGAGCACAGAGCAUGAGGACCUCUACCUGAAUCCAGAUCAGGAUGAUCAGUACCAGGCUGCAGAAACUCAGUCUUAUGAUUAUGGUGAGGACCUGGGAGUGACUGCCGUGGCUCUGUAUGAUUAUCAAGCCACCGGUGAUGACGAGAUCUCCUUCGACCCCGAUGACAUCAUCACCAACAUUGAGAUGAUUGAUGAGGGCUGGUGGAGGGGCGUGUGCAGAGGGGCUUACGGACUUUUCCCAGCCAAUUACGUUGAAGUCCGGCAGUAAGCCCUGCCCAUUGGCCACGCCCAUCUCCCUGGAGGAGAGGGGAUCUGCUUUGCACAUCUGUCCAUUUGUAUCCCUUCAUUUUCCUUCGCCUCUUUGCAAUGCUUUAGGCAUUCUCAGGUCUUUCUUCUCUCUUCCUGCUUCAUCCCUUCCCAUUUCUUUGCCCCAGAAUAAGCCCUGCUGUAUAACUAUUCCUGAGCAAAAUCUUCCUUCAUUAUCACACUUUCCUCUCCUCUUUGUUCCUGUAACAUUUAAAAAUAGUGUAGUCCAUGAUGGCACCAACAUGCAACAUAAGUGAUCUACUGAGAUAAAAAUCUUGGCUUUGGGUUUUAUUGAUUGUGUACAUGAAAGUGUAAUGCAAGCAUGUGAAGAGGCUAUGACUUCUAACAGGUGGUGUAUUUUGCAAGGGUUGGUGGGAGAUUUGGUGUGAUCAACCAAAAAAAUGAUGCUUUACUUGCAUGUAUUGGAAAGGGAAUGCUGUACAUUUUUUGGUGGAGAGGCAAAUGUAUGGAUUUGAAUGUCUGUCAAAAGUACUUGUACAUUAAUGCAAUCCAAAAUCGUAAAAAUCAUGAUAAUUAUUUACACUUUUCAUGGGUUUGUACUUUAUAGAUUUGCGCACAUUGCCACAUUGCAUAUGUAGUUUUGCUGGUUUAGAGCUGCAACUUGUACAUUGUGGUGUUUCAGCUCUUCUCUCUGCUUUCAUCUCUCUGUUUUCAGAGUACAAUAACAGCUGAACAUUUACAGAUCUAAUUAUGAAAUUGCAAUUACAAAAAUGUUAUCUUUACAUUGAUAAAAUACCAGCCAAAAUGACUGGUAUUAUAUUUCAUUUAAAUGCCAUUGCAUAGUCUGAGACACUCUGCAAAUCCUUUCGCACAAAGUGAAUCUGUAGCUUCUUAUCUUGACAUGUUCGGCAUUGGCAACACUAAUAGAAAAUAAAUAAAUAAUUGUAUAAUGUGACCAAAAAUAUAACGCUAAAAUAUACUAUAACUUACUGGCAUGCAAUAACCAAACUGCUACCAGCUGAGUUCAUUCCAUUUGUUAUUUUGUUUUGUGAAAUGUGGAGUGAGUCUGAGCAGGAGGAGAAAUGUAGAUAAGAUCUCUUUAUGUGCGUCCUGGGCAUGCAGUGUUUACGUCUUUUGUCCUUGUCGAUGUACUUGUGGUUUAUAACUCAGAGCCACUGCAUUGCUUUCUUCCUGACCAACACAAUGUUGAGAGGUAUUAUGUCUGAGUCUGCUGGAUUGAGUGCACUUUUGGUUUGGAGUUGGCCUAAUAAUGGCUGUGUCCCAAAAGUGAAACCUGAACAGAAUAAUGACCAUCAAGAUCUCUUGGUGUAACAAGUUCUAGCAUUUGGGACAUAGCUGACAUCCUAAAGAUAAGUACGCGUGAAUUCCAGUGUUUGGAACAGAGCUGAUAUAUAUAUUGAUCUUAUCUGAUGAUAUGUAACAAAUCCAUUCUGGUGCAGUGGGAUUUUAAUUCAUUAAUGAUGCAUCCAUGGCUAAGUAGCAGCAGCUAAUCUUUUGGGUUUGGGGUUUUAUAAAAGUGACCUUCUCAGAUCUGUUAUUUUUAUUUGUAUCUUGCUGGCUUACCUAUCAUUACAUGCCUUUUUUUUGUAUGAAAUGAAAUUUCAAUUAAUAAAACAUGGAUAGUUGAAAUACA